AUGGGUAUGCCAGGCCAAGUAGAGGGGAUCUGGUCAGGCGUCAACUGCAUCUACUAUAGCCAGAAGAUGUGCAAGACCAGAGCAGCCUCCAAGUAUGUUGUCUCAGCACCUCAAGUAUUCUAUGUUGGAACCUCUGAAAAUGUAGUUAUUCAAGUCCAUGGAUACACAGAAUCAUUUGCUGUGACCAUUGCCAUUAAAAGUUAUCCUGACAGAAGUUUUACAUAUUCUUUUGGCCAAGUUAAUUUAUCUCCAGAAAAUAAAUUCCAAAGCUCUGCAAACUUAACUCUGCAACCAAAAGAUUUAUCUAGAGGACCAAAUGUAGUUUCACAUGUAUAUUUAGAAGUUGUAUCGGCUUAUUUUUCAAAAGCAACAAAAAUUCCACUACGCUAUGACAAUGGAUUUCUCUUCAUUCAGACAGACAAAUCUAUUUACAAUUCAGAUCAGUCAGUAAAAGUUAGAAUUUAUACAUUGGAUGAAGACCUAAAGCCAUCGCAAAGAGAAGUUACCUUAACUUUUAUAGAUCCGGAAGGGUCAGAAGUUGCUGUGGUAGGAAAAAAAAAUUAUACUGGAAUCAUCAGUUUUCCUGACUUCAAGAUUCCAUCUGACGCUAAACAUGGUUUAUGGACAAUUAAAGCUAAAUACAAAGAGGACUUCACAACAACAGGAACUACAUAUUUUGAGAUUAAAAACCAUGGUUUAUAUUUGGUGAAACCACACUUCUUUAUCUUAAUAGAACCAGAAAAUUACUUCAUUAGCCAUAAAAACUUUGAGGACUUCAAGAUUACCAUAAAAGCUGGAUAUUCUUAUAAUAAGAAUGUAACUGAGGCUGAAGUUUCUGUCUUUUUUGGGAUAAGAGAAGAUUUAGAUGAUGGUGGAAAAGAAAUGAUGCCUGAAGCAACACAAAAGACAAAGCUGAUCGAUGGAGUUGCACAAAUCAAUUUUAAUACUUCAAAAGCAAUUAAAAAUCUGUCAUAUGAAAGUCUAAAAGAUUUGAAUAACAAGUACCUUAAUAUUUUUGUGAAAGUACAAGAAAGCACAGGCAGAUUCUUCCAAGAAACUGAAGUCACGGAUGUCAAAUAUGUCCUCUCUCCCUACACACUGGAUUUGGUUGCUACUCCUCUUUUCCUGAAGCCUGGGAUUCCAUAUUCCGUCAAGGUGCGGGUGAAGGACGCCUUUGCCCACUUUGUAGGAGGGAUUGCAGUAACCCUGAAAGCAAAAACAGUUGAUAAAACUCAGAAGAAGAGAGAUCUGGAUCCAAGAAAAAGUACAACAAAUUAUAAUGAUGGAAUAGCUUCAUUUGUGGUUAACGUUCCCUCUGAUGUGACAACGCUGGAGUUUCAUGUCAAAACUGAUGACCCAGACCUUCCAGAAGAAUAUGAGGCCAGCAACAACUAUCAAGCAGUGACCUACUCAUCACGCAGCCAAAGUUUCCUUUCCCUUAGCUGGACAGACAGUUACAAGAGUUUGCUUGUGGGAGAACAUCUGAGCAUAACUAUUACCCCUAAAAGUCCAUAUGUUGACAAGAUUACACACUAUAAUUACUUGGUUUCAUCUAAGGGCAAAAUUGUACACUUUGGCACAGAGAAGAAACUCCCAGGUUCAUCUUACCAACUUUUAAACCUUUCUGUGACUCAGCACAUGGUUCCUACAGCCCGUCUCCUGGUCUAUUAUAUCGUCACAGGAGAGCAGACUGCAGAAUUAGUGUCUGACUCGGUCUGUCUAAAUAUUGAAGAAAAGUGUGGCAAUCAGCUCCAGAUCCAUCUGUCUCCAAAUAAAGAUGUACAUUCCCCAGGCGAAGCUGUAUCUCUUACUAUGGAAACUCAGUCAGAAUCAUGGGUAGCAUUAUCGUCAGUGAGCAGUGCUAUAUAUGGCGACCAAGAAAGAAGCAAAAAUUCCUUGGAAAGAGGGGGUGAUUUCCAUUCUGAACAGGUGCUUCGAUCUUCAGAUAAAAGCGACCAGGACUGUGGAGCAGGUGGUGGCAGGAAUAACGCGGAAGUGUUCUACUUAGCAGGACUCACUCUCCUCACCAAUGCAAAUGCAGAUGACUCCCAACAAGAUGAUGGAUCGUUUAAGAAAAUUCUCAGAUCAAGAAGAAACUUGAAAGAGGAAAUAGAAAAUCUAGCCUCCAAGUUCAAACACCCCCUGAUCCGGAAGUGCUGUUACGAUGGAGCCUAUCGACAGCAGGAGAGCUGUGAGGAGAGAGCUGCGCGGAUUACCAUUGGCGGGAAUUGUGUCAGAGCUUUCUCUCAGUGUUGCAACCUGGCACAGCAAGUGCGGAGUAAUAGUUCUCACCACCCUCAACUCUUGAGACAUCCAGGUACAUGUAAAAAGUCCUACUCCAUGUGCAGUGCAGUAGGAGGGUGCCCGGCAGAGUUUGUGCUACCAUGGGAAGAAGUACUUCCGAGCUUGGUUUAG